AUGGCACCAAUCCUGGAUAAUGAAGCUGCAUGGCUUGAGUCCCUUGGACAUCCUCUAAAAGUUGGCCCUGGACCACAACCGGACCCUGCAGAUGAUGAAGUUGUGAUCAUAGUUGCAUACGCCGCCGUUAAUCCACUUGACUGGAAGGCGAGUGCCCUAGUUUUUUCACCAUCUGCUUUCCUUCUCACCCACCUUAUCCCGCCUUCUCCGGGCUUGAUCGGUUCUCUACAAGACGGUGCGCAUCCUGUUGACACGCCUCAUAUUCUGGGUGCCGACGUUUCCGGAACGGUGGUUCAACUCGGACGCAAAGUAACUCGAUUCCAAAUAGGGCAGAGAGUGAUUGGUUUUUGCGACGGUCUAAUCAUAAACAAUAAAGCAAAGACCGGAUACCAACGAUACAGUACAUUGUCCGAAAUCAUGAUAACGGCCAUACCGGACUCCUUACCUCUAGCAAAUGCUGUCGUGUUGCCUCUGUCAAUAUCCACAGCAGCCAUGGGUCUCUUCGUUAAAUUAGGACUUCCACUUCCAUCAUUCAACCCAGAACCUACUGGGAAAUCCAUCCUGAUCUGGGGUGGGAGCUCAUCAAUGGGCUGUACGGCUAUCCAAUUCGCCGUCGCUGCCGGUUACGAGGUCAUCACAACCGCGAGCCCUGCCAAUUUCGACCUUGUUAAGAGUCUUGGUGCCGCCCACGUCUUCAACCAUAAAGAUUCCGACAUUGUCGAGAAGGUUGCAAAAGUCCUGACCCCCCGCGUCUCGAAUGCCUUUGACUGCAUUGCCAGUGCAGAAACACAGAAAGUGACCAGUGAAAUCCUCAGCAAAAUCGGAGGAGGGAAACUCGCUCUUCUGAACCCGCUAGAAUGUCCAUUCCCGGAUAAUGUCGAGCCGAUUUCUGUCUUUGCCUACGAGCCCGGUCUGAUGGACUCAUAUAUAGGUGAAUUCAUAUGGCAGACAUAUGUUCCUGAAGGGUUGGCAAAUGGCAAGCUUAAAGCGAAGCCAGAACCAAUGGUCAUUGAAGGGGGACUCGCAAAAGUUCAAGAGGGAAUUGACUUACUCAGAAAGGGGGUGUCGGGCAAAAAGAUUGUCAUUGAGAUUCAGAAAUGA